GCGCCAUGUUCAUUUCGUUCAGUCCGCCGCGAAGAGUCGUGGGGUUUGUAUCGUCGUAAUUUUUAUUCAGAAUUAUAAUUUGCCCCGGUGCUUAUUUAACCGGUAGAAAUUUAAUUACUUAUAGAAAUAGGUAUUAAUGAAAGACAGUGUUAAGUUAAUUUAUGUUUGUGUUAUAACCGCAAACUGCGAGUUAGACUUUUAUAAUUAGUGUGGUGUUUUUUUCGCGAUCUACGCGACUGCAUUUCUUUGGUGGUGUGUGCUAGCUGAAGUGUAAAGAGGCAAAAUGAACGGUCUGAACGGACAUAGCAACGGAGAAGUCAACGGAGCUGGUGAUAUCAUCACCCAGAACCAGCAGCGUGGCUGGUGGACCAUCGGCCUGAUCAAUUCGCGGUAUCGGUACCUCACAGCCGAGACCUUCGGGUUUAAGAUCAACGCAAAUGGAACUAGCCUUAAGAAGAAACAGAUAUGGACUCUGGAACCAGCGACUGGAAGCGCCAUUGAUAGUAUGAUCUAUCUCCGGUCGCAUUUAGGCAAGUAUCUCGCCGUGGACUCGUUCGGCAACGUCACUUGCGAGUCUGAAGAGAAGGAGGCUGGAAGUAAAUUUCAGAUCAGUGUGUCCGAAGAUGGUACUGGUCGGUGGGCGCUUCGCAACGUCGAACGUGGCUACUUCCUCGGCUCCAGCUCUGACAAGCUCACCUGCACCGCUAAGGUCCCUGGCGACGCGGAGCUUUGGCACGUGCACUUGGCUGCAAGGCCACAGGUGAACCUCCGCUCAAUCGGCCGCAAGCGCUUCGCCCACCUGUCCGAGUCACUGGACGAGAUCCACGUGGACGCGAACGUGCCCUGGGGCGAGGACACGCUCUUCACCCUCGAGUUCAGGGCGGACGAGGGCGGAAAGUACGCGUUGCACACUUGCAAUAACAAGUACCUCAGCGCCGCUGGAAAGCUGCUGGACACGUGCACGUCGGAGUGCCUGUUCAGCGCGGAGUACCACACGGGCGCGCUGGCGCUGCGCGACGGGGCCGGCGCCUACCUGGCGCCCAUCGGCUCCAAGGCCGUGCUCAAGACGCGCUCCACCGCCGUCACCAGGGACGAGCUGUUCUCGCUGGAGGACAGUCUGCCGCAGGCCGCAUUCAUCGCUGCUCUCAAUGAAAAAUACGUCUCCGUUAAACAGGGUGUAGACGUGACAGCCAACCAGGAUGAGAUCUCAUCCCACGAGACCUUCCAGCUGGAGUUCGACUGGGCGACCCGACGCUGGUACAUCCGUACCAUGCAAGACCGGUACUGGACCCUCGAGACCGGCGGCGGCAUUCAGGCCAGCGGGGAUAACAAAUCAUCAAACGCGUUGUUCGAGCUGGAGUGGCAAGGCGACGGAGCGGUCGCCUUCCGCGCCAACAACGGCAAAUAUCUGAUGACCAAACGGUCCGGACAUCUCUACGCGAACUCCGACACCAUCGACGAUAAUUGCAAAUACUACUUCUAUCUCAUUAACAGGCCAAUUCUCGUGCUGAAGUGCGAGCAAGGGUUCGUCGGACCGAAGGGCGUCAAGCUCGAGUGCAACAAGGCCAACUACGAGACCAUUCAGGUCAUCCGCGGACCCAAGGGAGCCGUUUAUUUCAAAGGUCAGAACGGCAAGUACUGGCACGCGGACAGCGAGAGCGUGUCGUGCGACAGCGACUCCCCCCAGCCCUUCCACCUCGAGCUGCGCGAGCCCACCCGCCUCGCCAUCCGCGCGCAGCACAGCUACCUCGCCGCCGCCAAGAACGGGAACUUCCGCCUCGCCGGGCCCGACCUCGCGCACGCCACGCACUGGGAGUACUAGCCGCCCCCCCCCCCCCCCCCCCCCCCCCCCCACACGCGCGCGCCUCCACCCCCGCGCCGCGACUCUGCGUCGUGUUGCGUUUCGUCGAUGUCAAACUGAGAUUUAGACUUCCCCACAUACUCUCUCCGAGUGCGCGGUUCCAGCUGACGCCAGUCCGUCUCCCGCCGCUCCGCGCCCGCGCGGACGGCGUCCGAACGAUCCAAACGGCCGAUUCCCGGCAGAAUCCGCCGACAGUGGUACUUAAUAAAAAUAAAAACGGGAAUGUCUGCAAUGCACCUGGCAUUGUUUAAUUUACAUUUCAUCAAAAAAAAAUAUAUAAACAGCGCCAACUGGACGCGCCACUCGCAUUAGUUCGGAUAAGAUAUUUAUCGCACGCGUGCGAAUGUGAUCGUAUUGAAAUAUCGCUUGUCUAAUUAUCGUAAUCAUAGAUUAUUUUCUUAUAUUGGUAGAUCUGCCGAGGUAAUCGCUUGAUGAGAAUUAUUUUUAUACUUUCCCGUGACGCGGGAUCGCUUGAAUAUUUAUUUUUAAAAUAUCUAAAUUAAAUUUAAUUGAGACUCAAAGAUAUCGGAAUCAGUCGAGGACACACGUCGGCCGUCGGAGCGUCCAGUCGACGAGUCCGACGCGGCCGAGACGGAUCCUACAAAAUUGAGCAUUCAGGUAAUCAUUGUACCGUGAGUGAGUCGUAACUGGGCUAUUCGCAAUACCAGACGUGCUGCCGAACAUUCCCUUCGCGGUCUGGCUUCGUAUGAAUAAGCUAAUUAAGUUAAUGUAAGUUAUAUCGGUAUAGGAUUAAGCUGCAUUUACACCGCUCCCAAACGUACGUCCAUUCCGAGGUUUUUUAAUCUUUAGACGAGAUUUUUUAAGAUUUUUACGCGUUUUGAAUCCGGUGCGGCGAGCGAGUGAGACGUGCGGAGCCGCACGAGACUCCCGCGAGACUCCCGCGAGACUCCCGCCUGCACUCGCGUUUGGGAGGCGACGUCUCGAUAAGUUUUUAUAUGUCUCGAUAAUGAACAAAUAAUGGAGAAUGUAUGGCAUUAUUGCUGAUCCUAAAUAUUUGUACGAUAACGUCUUGUAAACUAUUAAUAAAUAAAUUAUAAUCAUAUUGUA